AACUUGUCCAUAUUUGAGCGUCCAGGUAAAGAGUCGGGUCGAUGAAAAAUACAGUGGAAAAUGAUAUCGCUGCUACUUCGUAAUACCUACCGGUUAACUGCAACUCUUAAGGAAUCAUAAGAUAAGACUUGUUAUAUGACUUUUCGUUGGUAACACGACAGCUCGCAACCAAAAAAGAAAAGAAAAAGGCGUCGAGGCUAUGCUGUAGAUAAAUAUAUGGAAUCAACAUACCUACCUUGAUAGGUUAACCUAUUCGGUCAGGUAGUUUUGGAGGUUUAGUAGGUCUACUCUAUAUGCGAAACGCCGCAGGCUCAAACCUCCUGAAAUCCCACCCGCGAAAGUGACCGAUCAUGGGCUCUCUAACCCGAUUACGCGACCUGAUGGAUGGAUUCUUCCCUUUAUAUGACUGAUGCCCAGUGAUGCAGGACAUCCUUCGCCGAGAAGACGGGAUUUUCGUCUGCAUUUGUUUCCUUGAUUUGUUUCCUUGAUUCGUUUCCUUUAGUCCUACUCUCUCGGCUGUCAUAUUUUUUCUUUUGCUUUUUCAUUCUUGCUACAAUCGCACAUUGCAUUCAUUCGACGGCGGGACCUUCGUUCAUUUCAUUUUCCUUCUUCGCCUUUUGACUCUCCUUAUGUUCAAUUCGUAAGAAGCUUUCAUUAAGAAAUGUACUUUAAGAAGUCGAUUUUCUUGUUGGCCGCGGCGCGUGUUGUCCUUGCAAAAGUUCAGUUUCUAGGAGUUUCUAUUGCGGGAGGCGAAUUCGGCUGUAAGGACGAUGGAACAUGUCCUUUAGACUCUGCAAAGCUUCCGAACGAUGGAGUUACUCAGAUGUGGCACUUUGUCGGAGAUGACGCCAUCAACAUACUGAGAAUGCCAACAUCAUGGCAGUUUCUCGUCAACGACAAUUUAGGGGGGAAGCUCGAUAGCAGUAAUUUUGAUAAAUACGACCGAUUGAUGCAAGCCUGUCUCGCUACUGGCGCAUACUGCAUGAUCGAUAUCCAUAACUACGCUCGAUGGAACGGCAAGGUCAUCGGACAGGGUGGACCGACGGAUAACCAGUUCGCCAAUCUCUGGGAACAGUUGGCGAAGAAGUACUCUGACGAGGAUAAGGUUAUCUUCGAGCUCAUGAACGAACCGCACGACAUCGAUGUCGAUACGUGGGCGAAGACUUGCCAGCAAGUUGUUACGGCUAUCAGAAAAGCGGGUGCGACGAAGCAGAUGAUACUGCUUCCCGGGUCAAAAUCCGAUGGCGUGGCGACGCUAACCGGUGACGGCGGUGCGGAGCAAUUGCUAGAUAUCACGAACCCCGAUGGAUCAACAGAUAAUCUGCUCUUGGAUAUCCAUGCGUAUUUGGACAAGGAUAGCUCAGGGACGAACACGCAGUGUUCAACGGAUAACACUGAUGCCUUCACAGACCUUGCGAAGUACCUAAGGAAAAAGGGGAGGAAAGGUCUUGUCAGCCAGACUGGGGCAUCGCAGGAUUCCUCUUGUCUUAAGAUGUUCUGUGCGCAAAAUACACUUAUCAACAACAACUCGGACGUCUUCGUCGGCAUAGUUGGUUGGGGUGCUGGCAAUAUCGAGACCUCUGAAGUUAUAAGCUUGACACCGUCGAAGAAGGAUGGACGUCUAGUCGAUAACCAGUUGAUGUCUGAGUGUCUGGUCGAUACAUGGGCCAACGCCAAGGAAGUAAUUGAUCCGCCGAAGCCAGAGCCGGAGUCGACAACAAUCGAAUUUAUUCCUACUUUUACUACCUCCUUGUCGAGGAGCAUUGUUACACCACCUGCGCGCACGUCUUCAUCUGCAGGCUCUGUAGAUUUCAACGAGCCGGUUGUCACGGUCCACGUCCUCUCCGAUAUCAGUAUCCUACAGACAGCAGAGGUUCCCCCCACCCUCACGACAUUGAUAACCGCGGCCGGAUCACCGAGCGACGAAUCUUACAGUAUUGCAUGGGAGAUACCAACUACCACGCCAGCAAUAAGCCAGACUCAAGUACCUGGCCCGGCACCGACAGCAGAUGCUCCGUCGACUAGAGCCAUGACGCUCCUCCUCUGGGGCUGCGCACUACUGCCUCUACUUUUAUGAUUUCUGAGAUCAUAAUAGUUUAAAUUUUGACAAAGUCGACGGCCGUAGAUAUUACCCGUAGAUAUUACGACCCGGUACCUAAGGUAUAUCAUGA